AUGCACAGGGAUGAAGGUUAUAAGAAAGGCUUAAUGUAUGUAUCAGAGAGUCGGGUUGGAAUAGUUGAUGCCCUGACUAUAUUGCUGGUGUUCUGUUACGGUGCUUUGGCUAUUGACUAUAUUAACGAGCACGUGAUUCUAUACGGCUACGAUCAAUCAAGUGGAGAUGGACCGGCUGGUCAAGGCUAUGGCUUCAUACCUCCUUCCCCUCACAACUGCGAACACCUGCCUAUCGAUACAACACCGAUGAACUGUCGCGAUUUCAUAACAAAAAUACCAAGAACUUCUAGCUUUUUAUAUUUUAUAGAUGUAAUGCACUACCUACUGUACUACGUAGACGACUAUUACUUUCUGAAGGUCGAACUGAAGCAGAUUCCUCUACCACCAGUGCUUCCAGAUCAAGAUUCCACACGACGUGAGUGUCAGACACAAACUAGACGAUUGCUCGGAUAUUGGCGUGACUACGGCGAGCUCUGCUGGAUAGUGUGGGCCGGAAGACAAAAUGUGCUUUGUGCAGAAUGCACUAGUGAAUACUGCUGCAGGGAAUUCAACCAAACCGACCCAACACACGUAUUGCCCCCAACGAAUAUUUGCAAGCCUGGUGGCCAUACUGUCCAAAAGUUUAUCGUAUUUUGUGCUGACCUGUAUGGAGAUCCCUAUGACGGGUACUUUGCCCUUAAAUACACAACACUGCCGUCAUGUUGUGAAUGCAAAGCUAACAUUUAUACAAAUGAUGAUGACUACAAGCUAGAUACAGAUGAUGACAACAAGCUAGAUAUAGAUGAUGAUGACUACAAGCUAGAUACAGAUCAUGAUGACUACAUGCUAGAUAUAGAUGAUGAAGACUACAAGCUAGAUACAAAUGAUGAUGACUACAAGCUAGAUAUAGAUGAUACAAAUGAUGACUACAAGCUAGUUACAGAUGGUGAUGACUACAAGCUAGAUAUAGAUGAUGAUGACUACAAGCUAGAUAUAGAUGAUGGUGACUACAAGCUAGAUAUAGAUGAUGACUAA